UACGGUACACAACCUGAAAACACUCAGAGUAUUCGGUCUUGGACGAUUUCGUUUCGGUUUGAAGUUAAAGGACAAGAACGGGUUAUUACUUUUGGUGAAUAGUGUUUGCUUUUGAAUCGCGAUGUUGCCAUAUCAAGCAGUUGCCAUGGACUAUGCAGUAUCUUCCAGUCUGCAGAGGCAGACACCAGUGGGCUUAGGAGUGAACAUCAACCCGGCCUUCACGCACUCCUGGUUCGUACCAGCGGAUCUGUGUGUCCCCUACAAACAGCCUUCUCUCCUCGAACCAGGCAUCCUAGAGUUACGGAAGGAGAAGAGCCGGGACGCGGCCAGGUCCCGAAGGGGCAAGGAAAACUUCGAGUUCUACGAGCUCGCCAAGAUGCUGCCACUUCCGGCCGCCAUCACGUCCCAGCUGGACAAGGCCAGCAUCAUCAGACUGACCAUUUCGUACCUGAAACUCAGAGACUUUUCCGGGCACGGCGAUCCUCCGUGGAGUCGUGAUGGACCUCCACCAAACAAAACUCUAAAAGCGGGAAGAGCAAGAGGUGCUGCUGGAUUGGCUAUGGAUAUAUUCGAGCAACAUCAAGGCACACACAUCCUGCAGUCUUUGGAUGGUUUUGCAUUAGCCCUUGCAGCAGAUGGUAGAUUCUUGUACAUAUCGGAGACGGUGUCCAUUUACUUGGGCCUUUCGCAGGUGGAGAUGACUGGUAGUAGUAUAUUUGAUUACAUUCACCAUCAAGAUCAUUCUGAGAUGGCUGAACAAUUGGGUUUGGGUUUGGCCCAAAGCCAAAGUGUAGCUUCGCCGGGGAGUAGUUCGGAGGAAAGUUCGAACGCCGGUACAAACAAUCCUGAUGUUUCUACGGUAAUGACAUUAGGAAGUAAUCCCACAUACAGAGGCUUAGAUAGAGCAUUUUGUGUACGCAUGAAAUCAACGUUAACCAAGAGAGGUUGCCAUUUCAAAUCCUCAGGGUAUAGAGUGGUUCUAAUGUUGUGCAGACUGCGACCUCAAUACACAUUUUCACAUUCUCGAAAAUCACAGCCACCCCUCCUUGGUAUGGUAGCCCUCGCGAUCGCUCUGCCGCCUCCUAGCGUCCACGAAAUCAGACUUGAAUCGGAUAUGUUCGUAACGCGGAUUAAUUUCGAUUUUCGGAUAGCGCAUUGUGAACCGAAAGUUUCCGAUCUCCUUGAUUACUCAGCCGAUGAAUUAACGGGAAGAAAUUUAUACACACUGUGCCAUGGUGAGGAUGCGAAUAAAUUGAGGAAGUGCCAUGUUGAUUUGAUAAAUAAAGGACAAGUUUUGACUCAUUAUUACCGGCUAAUGAAUAAAAGUGGCGGUUAUACUUGGGUGCAGACUUGCGCAACCGUAGUGUGCAAUACAAAAAAUGCUGACGAACAAAAUAUUAUUUGCGUAAAUUACGUAAUAAGUGGUCGAGAGUACGAAAACCUAAUAAUGGACUGUUGCCAAAUGGAGGACAGCACGAGGACGGUAAAGCGAGAGGACCCAAGCGGUAAUGACCCGGAAAACGGGUCCCCGGAUGCGGAUCGAGGAGAUGGGCGCACUAGCGGAGGACCAUCCAACCCUCCUCAAGACCCUCGACAGAAUGGAGACGACCGCACCCAAGCCGAUGAUUCCGAACGAACCGGCACCACGACAACGGAUGAAGUAGCUCAUCUUGCAGCAACAGCGGAUGGCACCCGAAGAAAAUCAACCGGUGUUGGUAGAGGGAACAAGAGGAAACUCACCGAGACCACUUCCGGAUCUUCCGACGACGAGGAGUCACCUCGGAGAAACGUCGUUCUUAGUCCCCCGUCCACGUCUUGUCAUUCGACGGGAAUUUCCCGACCCGUACCCGAAUCGACGUCACCAAAAUCUAUCGAAGAAUCCGGGACGUCUGUUAAAGAUCUCGAGAACGCUAUGUCCAAACAUCUUCCGGCGUGUAAAUCCCCGAUUCAUCAACCAACAGACUUUAGCACAGACGCUCUUUUAAAGCAGCAACGAACAACUAUCCAAUGGAUUGGGGCACAUCAACAGUUACAACAACAAGGGCCUUUACCAGCUUCAGCUCUUCUUAGACAACUUUAUGCCAAUCGUGAGAGUGUUAUCCGUGCUAACGUUCACGGUAUAAGCGGUAGCGGUUCCACAAGAACAGGAAGUACCACUUAUUAUACCGGUGAUACACAAGCGGGACCACUUCCCACUCCCCCUGGAAGCGAAAGCUCUUCAUCAUAUAAUGAUCACCAGUUUUUGCUAUCGCAACACCAAAAUUAUUCCACCACGUAUUCAGGGGAUUACCACACGGCCAUGACUCCUCCGUCCAGCGUCUCACCACGGGAUAAGCAUCAGCAACUCCAUGGUGGAGUAACAUUUGAGAACCCUAUCUAUCAAGAUGUUUUACGCCAUCAGUAUCCUGAUGGGCCACUCCCUUUAAAACCCCAGGUGUAUUCAUACGUAGAACAACCCCAAUUUUAUCACCACGGUACUACGGGAGCGGGUUUUCACCUGUACCAUCCCGGAAAAAGUGCACCCGCCGCCCCCGCAAAUUGGUACUCGUCGUCAUAGUGCGUACGCUCUGUUCUGUAAAAUCCAGGUUCUCAUCGGAAAGCAUCAACACAAAAUAACCAAAAGUAACAAUAAAUUUUCUACGGAAUCCGCCAUCUCAUUGUUCUCUAUUGUGGUUAAUUCUUGCAUUUUAUCCAAAUUGGUUUGUCAAGGUAAAUUUUUCCCAAUUAUAAUUAAAUUUUACUAAACUAAACUUUUUUUGCUAGAAUCAAUCAUAUCAUAGCUUGUACAAGCCAAUUGCAUAAAAUAUCCAUACUCCAAAAACAUUCCAAUAAGAUGGUUGAAUCACGGUGCUACAAUUGAGGAGUUAUAAAUCUUCGUGUUACUAUUGGUUAUUUUGCGAUAUCAGUACGUUCCUUAGCAUUAACGAUGAUUGUUAUUGUUCGUCCAAAAAAAAUCUUUGUUCGCGCGUUUCUUGUCUUGCGUACGUUGAUUUGUCUGUUAAAAAAUUGAAACUAAAGCGAUGGACAAAUGAAUGAACGAAAGUCGAGCCUAAGAAAAAAAUCCGUUCGCUGUCACCUUCGCGGCAAUUCUAAGUGAUUCUUAUCGAAGAAACUGACAGCAAACGCCUAUUAAUUUUGAUUUUUUAUAGUUCGUUAACGUUAACUACGCCUAAACCAAAGAGCGGAGGCUGUUCCGAACGAUUAUGUCCUCCCUAAAUCCGCGACUUAAGAUAACUUAUUUUUUACUUAGCAGCUGUAGUUGCUAGAUGAAGGCAGAAAUGGGCUAGUUGAACUGGGGGGUUUUAUCGUAAACGGGUCAGCCUCUGGUGCAAAUUUGUGCAAUAAUAAAAUGUUUUGCAUAAUGUCGACGUUCACAUAUAAAGCAGACAGUUGAAUUUCUCGUCUUACCCAACUUGCGACAAUCAGAACAACUGUUAUUGUUAUCAAAAAAAAUAAGAAUAAAUAAAACCGAAACAGUCGUCGUCUAUCUUCUUGCAUUCCUCGGCGAAACUUGUCGAAAUUCUUUUUUAUUACUUAGUUGUUUUUAAGUGUGUUUCCAAAGUUUAUUAUGUAGGCAAUGUUACUCUUUUUUCUAGCUAGCGUAAUAAUCGUACUUGUGUUUUAGCGUUACUAUUAUCGUAUAGGUUUUGCUAUCAGAUCUACUAAACGUGUCGCGUUUAACGGUUAAGCCAUAUCCGGUAUUCGUCUCCCGAAAUCGACAUCAAAGCGAAAUUACGUUGACUGCAUUCACAUACGAGUGUCCCAAUACAUACAAAAAUUAUCGUAUCGGAACACUUGUUGAUCCCUUAUUUACAUCGCCGGUCAGCAAAAAAACAAGCAUAUUUUUCCACUUCUAGUCACAUAGUUUUUGCUUAGAAACAAGCAUUCCAAGAAGUCAACUUAAUUUUUAUUUGGUAGUCAGCCGUACGAAGGUUGGCAUCGAUCGUAUAUCGAGAGCGGUUGGGCAUUGUCAGCAACAGUAUUUGAACGGCCGGAUCGGCCACCUGUACAUAGUUAUUAACAAAAAAAUCCGAUCAUAUCUGCAUUCCGUGUUAACAUUAUUAUUAUCUUAAAAAACUGUGUUCCAGUGAAUAAAAAAUGUCAAGGUGCUGAUAAUAUAAAUAUAUAUACAUACAUACAUAUACAAGUACAUUAUUAAAUGUAUGUAGGAAUGUGAUAUAUUCGAUAUAAAUAGUUUUGUUAUGUUCAUUGUGACGUUGUGCGGAACGGUUUCCCCUCUUCUUUGCAGUACAAACCUAACUGGAAGCCAAGUCUGAAAGCUUACUGCGACAACAUUCUCCCUUCCGGUCGUUAAGUAUUGCGAGAUAUUUAUUCAUUUUACAUGUUUUUUAGUCUCUAUCAUCAACUAUUCGUAUUGUAAAUAAAGCUUAUAUCAAAACCAAA